UCGAUGCUUUCAAGUGACGCUCAGUUAACAUCCAUCUUCUGAAUUGGAAGAAUAUAACAAAGCUAAUAAGGCAAUAAUAUUAUCAAUUAAAGCUUCGAAUAAAGGUCGCGAUAAUGGCUAUUAACACGAUUACAUUCACAAUUUGCUUGCUUUUUUGCUUACCGCUCGCGUAUAGUCAACGCCCAUCAUAUGCUGGCAGUCGACCACCGAAUGGUCAUAAAGAUAAAUACCGUCCAACUCAAAGCCCAUCACAAGCUGUUGAAUUAGCGAAUAGAUUUGGAGAAAAUUCUCUAGAAAAAGGUGCCACUCAGCGGCCUCCACAAGGAGUUCCAGUUGUUAUCGCCGAACCAGUGUUUCAACCAAUUUCCAAUAAUGAAGUGCAACCAUCUUUGACAAAUAAAAAUAAUCCACAAAAAUCAACACCAUCUACCUUUGAUAUAUCGAAUAGAAGUGGAAGUGUGGCGUCAACACAAGGCAUAUCCACAUCGACGACGAUUGCCCCAAGCAGAUUGCCCUUUGAUGCCCAUGGUGAUCAGCAUCUAAUAGACCAUCUAAGUAGGCUUCCGAUUGAUCAACAGCCCUUCUGGUUUAUUAACUACCAGGCAAUUGAAGCGCACCGAAAUGGCAGUGGUAAUAAUUUUGGACCUAUCGCAUCGCGGUCAUCAUUUUUAGGAAAAUAAACAAAAUUAUAAUGAUAGUGAUAAACAAGUAGUGUGACUCAUCAAAUAAAGAUUUUAAGUAUUUAUGUAUGUUGUAUAUUGUAUCAAUAAAAAAUUAUCAAAUUUCCAAA